AUGGAUAUCGUACGUCGUCGUCAUUGUCGAAAAUUAUUAAAGAAAUGCCUUCGAGUGGUUACAACUGCGUUAAUAAACGAUAUUUUAGAAUUCAUUGAUGAGAGUAAUGAAGAAAAACGAAUUUGGGUUCGAGAGUGGAUAAAAAGAAGAACAGUACUUGGCGCAUCAGAAAAUCUUCUUACUGAACUAGCUUUAGAGGAUCCAGAAGAGUACAGGCUGUGUUUAAGAAUGACAACUGAAAAUUUUGAACAAUUAUUAUAUUUGGUAUAA